UGUGCUGGUAUCGUUACUCAGCCCUGGGUCCCUGUCUCGGCUCAGUUGAGGGGAUUUAUGAAAAAGAGCUGCUCCUCUCCUCCCAUGUAGGACAUGCUAUGACCGCCUCGUUACUCCUCGGCUCGCCCUGGAUCGACCCGGUCAUGUUCCUUUACGACGGCGGCUCACAAGAGGAGAGAAGCAAGAACAUGGAAGGCUUCACAGGUGGGAACUUCGCAGCGAACCAGUGCAGGAAUCUGUUGGCGCAUCCAACCUCGCUGGCUCCCAGCACCACCUACGCUGCAAGCGAUGUGCCAGUCUCUGGGGUGGGGGAGCCUGGCAAGCAGUGCAGCCCCUGCUCUGCCACUCAGAGCUCGCCCAACGCUUCUCUGCCCUACGGAUACUUUGGCAGCGGGUACUACCCGUGCAGGGUGUCACACGGCGGCGUCAAGGCGUGCGCGCAGCCCUCCGGUUACGGAGAGAAAUACGCGGACUCUUCAGUCUCCGGUGAGGCAAAGGAGUUUGCGUUCUACCAGGGAUAUUCCUCCAGCCCCUACCAGACCAGCUACCUGGAUGUGCCGGUGGUACCUGCGCUAAGUGCGCCACCCGAACCAAGAGAGUCUCUGCUGCCCAUGGAGCCCUAUCAGCCCUGGGCCAUCACUAACGGGUGGAGUGGUCAGGUUUACUGCACCAAGGAGCAAUCGCAGGCAAAUUCUCUGUGGAAAUCCUCAUUACAAGGUAUAUUACUAGACUCCUUAUCUGGUGGUAUGGACAGCUCGGUCCGUCGUGGGCGAAAGAAACGCGUGCCAUACACUAAGGUGCAACUCAAAGAACUGGAGAGGGAGUACGCCACCAACAAAUUCAUCACCAAGGACAAAAGGAGACGGAUAUCCGCGCAGACGAACCUGACAGAGAGACAAGUGACGAUCUGGUUCCAGAACAGGCGGGUAAAGGAGAAAAAAGUUGUCAAUAAGUUCAAGAGCUCUAGUUAGCUCUGGAGACAUUCCCAAGACGUGAAAGGCGGACAUGGGCGCGCUUUCAGCAGUGGAAGAAAAAAAAAAAGAGAGAAAAAGAUAGAAAUCUCUGCUAUAAUUUAUUCCAUUUAUGAACUGUUACACACUGUCGCCGGAACGGCUCUGGUUUGAACUAUAACGUUUCCUUCCUCGUUUUAAUUGGAACCAGUCCGUGGGGCCUGUUGGCAGAAGGUCGGAAGAGAUCUAGAGUUUGAGGCGAUUUUGCGGGACGUUUCUGUAGUCACCAUCCUGACGAGCAUUCUGACAAAUAUUCUGCAUUGAGAUGGGUGAGCCACCAGCAAAUCGUGCGCAUUUUCCUUUUAAAAAGAAAAUAUAAGGCUGAAGCGCACGAAUGAAAAAAACAAACAAACAAAAAAAAAAAAACAACUUUUGGUUUCAGACUGUGGUAAAGAGUAACAAAAGCAGGUUAUUAUCAUGAAAUUAUUAAAACACAUUUGUAUCCGAAUAUUUAGCUUCAUCCCCAAUUUGAGAAAAGAAUUUUCCUAUAAAAUCAGCUUUCGUCACAUCUUUCAUUCUCAGCGGGUUACCUAUGAAACUUUACCAAGCGUUUCAUUAGGAUUUCCAAUGUUUCAAUCACAGGCGCCUUCGGAACCUUUGCAGAGGGGUGGCCAGAUGGUCUCCGCUGAUAAACUUGGCCUGGGACACUGAAACCAAAAGCUUCAACUGAAUUUUCUUUUUAUUGUGCAAUCGUUAGAA